CCGGGGACGAUCUACCGAUAUCCAGACAGCCCAUCCUGCGCGGAUCACCUUAGUCUUGUAAUCCAUCCGAACCAUGAAGCCUUCGAUGGAAGAUCCACCCCGUCAGAGAAGGAUGCUGUGGAUUACCCUUCUAAGCACAAUUGCAGUAGCAUGGACUACCCCCAUUCCUUUGAUUGAGGAUUCAGAUGAAAUUGAGGAACCUUGCUUUGAUCCUUGUUACUGUGAAGUCAAAGAAAGCCUUUUUCAUAUACACUGCGACAACAAGGGAUUUAUAAAUAUUAGCCAGAUAACGGAAUCAUGGUCAAGACCUUUCAAACUUUACCUGCAGAGAAACUCCAUGAGAAGAUUAUACACAAACAGUUUUCUCCACUUGAACAAUGCUGUUUCUAUUAACCUUGGCAACAACGCACUGCAAGACAUUCAGACGGGGGCCUUUAAUGGGCUCAAAAUUCUGAAGCGACUGUAUCUGCAUGAGAAUAAACUGGACGUUUUCCGAAAUGAUACUUUCCUGGGAUUAGAGAGUCUGGAAUAUCUGCAGGCAGAUUACAAUGUUAUUAAGCGAAUUGAAAGUGGGGCAUUUCGAAACCUGAGUAAACUCCGGGUCCUGAUCUUAAAUGACAAUCUAAUUCCCAUGCUUCCGACCAAUUUGUUUAAGUCGGUGUCUCUGACUCACUUGGACUUGCGUGGGAAUAGGUUGAAGGUGCUUUCCUAUCGAGGGAUGCUGGACCACAUUGGUAGGAGCUUGAUGGAGAUUCAGUUGGAAGAGAACCCUUGGAACUGUACUUGUGAAAUAGUUCAACUGAAGAGCUGGCUGGAGCGUAUUCCGUAUACUGCCCUUGUGGGAGACAUUACAUGUGAGACCCCCUUUCACUUCCAUGGCAAGGACUUGAGGGAAAUCAAAAGAAACAAACUCUGCUCCAUGUUGUCUGACUCAGAACUUGUCAGCGUUGGUGUCCCUCAGUUACCCUCAAGCAAGGAACAUGCUUGGCCUACUAAACCUUCUUCCAUGUUGUCCUCCUUCCAUUUCACUGCUUCCUCUGUUGAAUAUAAAACAUCCAUUAAGCAGCCCAAGCCAACAAAACAGCCCAGGGCUCCCAAACCACCACCUACACCUCGAGGCCUAUACCCUGCACCCAACCAGCCUCCGAUUGCUGCAUACCAGACGAGGCCACCUAUACCCAUCAUAUGUCCUACCGGCUGCUCUUGUAGUUUGCACAUCAAUGAUUUGGGCCUAACUGUCAACUGCAAGGAAAGAGGGUUCCACAAUAUUUCUGAGCUCCUACCCAGGCCCAUCAAUGCCAAGAAACUCUAUCUGAGCGGGAAUUUGAUACAAAAAAUUUACCGUUCAGAUUUCUGGAAUUUCUCUUCCUUGGAUCUUCUGCAUCUUGGGAACAAUCGGAUCUCGUAUGUGCAGGAUGGGGCUUUUAUUAACUUGCCUAAUCUGAAAAGCCUAUACUUGAAUGGCAAUGACAUUGAGAGAUUGACCCCAGGCAUGUUCAGAGGCCUGCAGUGCUUGCAUUAUUUGUACUUUGAGUACAAUCAGAUCAGGGAGAUCCAACCUGCCGCCUUCAGUCUCAUGCCUAACCUGAAGCUACUCUUCCUCAAUGACAAUCUCCUGAGGACCCUGCCUACUGAUGCCUUUGCUGGCACAUCCUUGGCCAGACUCAACCUGCGGAACAACAAAUUCCUGUACCUGCCUGUGGCUGGUGUAUUGGAGCACCUUAAUGCCAUUGUCCAGAUUGACCUGAAGCUCAAUCCUUGGGAUUGCACAUGUGAUCUGGUGCCUCUCAAGCAGUGGAUCGAGACGAUCAGUUCUGUCAUUGUGGUGGGGGAUGUCCUUUGUGCCAGCCCAGAGAACCUUACUAACAGAGAUGUCCGCUCUGUGGAGUUGGAGGUGCUGUGUCCAGAAAUGUUACAUGUUGCCACUGCUUCGCCAGCCCCACCACCAUCAGGUCACCCAAGUCCUACCAGUCCCUCUCCCUAUGAGCUACCCCCAGCUGGAGGAGGGCCAGUACCACUCUCUGUGCUCAUCCUUAGUCUACUUGUGCUGUUUUUCUCUGCAGUCUUCAUUGCUGCAGGCUUGUUUGCCUUUGUCUUACGCCGACGGCGCAAGAAGCUUCCUUUCCGGAACAAACAGCGGCAGGAAGCCCUUGACUUAACGGGAAUCCAGAUGCAAUGUCAUCAUCUCUUUGAGGAGGGAGGCAGUGGAGGAGGUGGUGGUGGAAUGAGUGCAUCCCCAGAGAAGGCACCCCCUAUGGGUCAUGUUUAUGAUUACAUCCCACAUCCGGUAACCCAGAUGUGCAACAAUCCCAUCUACAAGCCGCGCGAAGAAGAUGAAGUUAUAGCAGGAGAAUCUGGGCAACCUGGGGAUGUACUUCUAGGAGGUGGCAAUGGAGGUAGUACCUGUGUUGGGGAACAGUUUGUUGACCCCACUAAGGAGAGUGGGAACAGUAGCUGCUAUAGGACCUUGCUGGAGAAGGAGAAGGAAUGGAAUGUGGCAGUGUCCAGCUCGCAGCUCAACACCAUAAUGACAACCAAUCAUCACCCACACCCUCAGCCAUCUGGAGGAGGAAUUGGUGUGGGGAUUCCUCUCUUGGGGGAGCUAGCCCUGGUGCCGCCUGUCUUCCACCAUGAGAAGAAUGGUGGGGUAGUACUCUUCCCUCCUACUGGUGCCGUUCUAGACAAUAGGGAGAGGCCCCCAUUGGUCCCUCCAUGCUCAGUGGGCUUUGUGGACUGCCUAUAUGGCACAGUGCCCAAAUUAAAGGAACUGCACGUGCACCCCCCUGGCAUGCAAUAUCCAGACCUACAACAGGAUGCCAGACUGAAAGAAACUCUUCUCUUCUCAGCUGGUAAGGGCUUCCCAGAACAUCAUCAACCCCCCCAAAGUGAAUACCUCGAGUUAAGGGCCAAACUCCAAACCAAGCCGGAUUACCUCGAAGUCCUGGAGAAGACCACUUAUAGGUUUUGAGAAAAACAUCUAGCUUUUUACAGCCAAAUUCCAGCAUAUCCCACUCCCUUCCCAGCCCCAGAGCACCCUCACAUCACAUCUGCUCCUCUCCCUUUCCUCCCCUGACCACCGCAUGCUGAUACCAGAAGAUACAGCUCUGUGCUUCCCCCCUGCCAGUUGUUGGUUUGGAGGAAGGGCCU